AACCAAGUCAGAAAAACUGGGGAACGUCGUAUCCAGGCGCUCCCGCAGAGACCGGAGAACGAAGGCGAUGGCUUCUUCCGCCGCCCCACAACCCCUCCCUUACUUCUCCGCCGAUUCUCCGCCUCCCAGUCUCACACUCACCCCCGAUCAGUACAACUAUUGCUCCCAGGCUCUCAAAUUCUUCAAAGACAAGCUCCAGAUGCCUCACCAGAUCAACCAGGAGUUCACUCUCUUACAGGGGAAGAGGAUCACAGCGUCGGAGAUGAGGAGAAGGUGCACUGUGGCUCUGGACAGUGUCAAUGUCUCCAAAAACCGGUACACCGAUGUGGUACCAUUUGAUCAGACUAGGGUAGUACUCAGCUGUUGUAAAGAUUACAGACCUGAAGCAAGGGGCUAUAUCAAUGCUAGCUUCAUCUCGGCUUGUUCCUCUGAAAACAUUUCUAGGUUUAUUGCAACGCAAGGUCCACUUCCGCACACCUAUGAGGAUUUCUGGGAGAUGGUACUUGAGAACCGUUGCCCUGUUGUUGUCAUGCUUACUCGCUUAGUUGACUAUCACACGAUGGUCAAGUGUGGAGAUUAUUUUCAGGCUGAAGAUGGUCCUAGAGAAUUCGGUAAUAUAAUUAUAGCCACCAAGUGGAUAAGAACCACUGGAACUUCAUUAGUAUUCCGCCUUCUGGAGGUCAACCGUACUGAGUCAGAAGAACCACCAAUUUCUGUGUUGCAUAUUCAGUAUCCUGAAUGGCCUGACCAUGGAGUUCCCACAGAUACAACUGCUGUUCGUGAAAUCUUGAAGAAAAUAUAUCAAGUUCCACCUAACCUUGGCCCAGUAGUGGUGCACUGCAGUGCAGGUAUUGGGAGGACUGGAACAUACUGUACAAUUCAUAACACAAUUCAGAGAAUUCUUUCUGGGGACAUGUCUGCUUUAGAUCUUGCUAAUACAAUAACCACGUUUAGGACUGAGCGUAAUGGAAUGGUGCAGACACUGGAGCAAUAUUUUUUCUGUUACUCUGCAAUCGUUGAUGAAUUGGAAGAACUCAUGGUGAAAGAAGUCCAAAAGAGCUAGUUCAAUAACAUUGAGGCUGGAUAAAGCUCAAAGGAGUCUGCCUACUUGUUGAAGGAGUGGGCAACCUAAAUGUAGCUUCUUGCAAAUUUGGGCACGAAAGAUAUGAUGGUAUCACCUUUCUGAUGGCACAAAUAUUGCUUAAUCUCUGCUAAUUUUUUUUUACCACGAGAGGCAGAUACAUUCAUUAGCCUCCUUUGUUCAUGGUUAUCUUUAUUAGACAUUUCUGAGUGUAAUGUUUGCUGCAGAAUCCCAACUAGACGACCAUUUAUGUCGUAACUAAUCAAACUAGGGGGUUCUAUUUGCACCUCCCCAAUUACUUUGUAUA